UGGAGGAACAAGUCAAAGAGACUUUGAAAUGCAAGUUGUGUUAUGAGACAUUAACUGACCCAAGGGCACUGCCAUGUAUGCACACAUAUUGUUGUGUAUGCCUGGACAAAUUAGAGAAAACAAAACAAGGAGAUAAACCCUGUUUAAGCUGCCCGGAAUGUAGAGAAGUUCACACAAUACCUGCAGGGGGAGUGACUAAAUUUAAGGUGAAUUUCACCACUAGUUCAUUAGUGGAUCUAUUUCAGUCUAUGGAUUGGAGACAAACCCCAGUGUACAGUGUGUAAGGAGAGUAAGCAAAAAGAUACUGAUGCUAUAACAAAAUGUAUACAAUGUAAUGAACAGUUGUGUGUAGACUGUAAUGGAUGUCAUCAAAAACUUCUAAAAGGUCACACAGUUCUUGACCUUACAGGUGACAAGGCUCAAGAUAAACAGACUGCACUGAAAACUGUAAAACAGCGUAUAGUGUUUUGUGAAACACAUAAAACCAAUCCACUAGAAAUAUACUGUAAAGUGGAUCAAUGUGCAGUUUGUGCAACUUGUUAUGUGAUUAACCAUUCUAACCAUGAGUGCAUGGAUGUCAACAAGGCUGCAGAAGACAAUGUGAAAUUAAUAGAUGACCUCCUCAAGAAAGGUGACAAAUUGGUAGAGAGCUUUGAACAAACAAUACAGAACACUCAUACAAAAAAAGAUAAAAUGGAGCAAGAAGCAGAUAAUGUGACACAUGAACUGAACAAUGAUAUGAACAUAGCUAUCCAAGCGAUCCGGGAUAAAUACGCAAAGAAUAUCGAUAUAGUGGCUGAGAAAAGAGCCUCGUGUGCCAAACAGGCAAUUGCCCAUCUAGGACACCUUGAAAUGCAGAAGACCACAACUGAAAGCGCAAUGAUCGGGCUACAAACAUUGAAACAACAUGGACAUGCUACCCAACUGGCUAACAUGGCCCAAGACAUCACUUCAAAAUCAGAGGAAUGGUGUCACACCAAGGCAUCUGAGUUUGACACUAACAUAACAUUCAAUAUUCAAAGGGGUGAGGUAUAUAAUGAUAAAAUUGUGUUUGCUAAGGUGGACAUACAGAACUUGAGAGACACAACAUCCAUUAAAAGACCAAAAACAAUAAAACAUGUUAAGCCAACAGUUGUAAAGAAGAAAAAACUAAAUAAGAUUGAUCGAGUAUGGGAUUUAGCUGUUACUAACAGUAAUAAAGUGGUCGCUAAGGACUGGAAUAACCCAGCAUAUCUCUAUGACAAGGACCUUACUUUAAAGACAACAUUUGGUAAAAGAUGUGCACAUAUUGCUACUGAUGAUGAAGAGAUAUAUCUUACCAGUCAAACUGACACAGUCAGCAUUUACCACCAGGAUGGUACACACAGCAGAGAUUUAAAACUACCCACAUUGAAACAAUGUAGAGGUAUUACAGUUAACUCUAGAGGGGAGCUUGUUAUAUGUGACUGGAGUACAAGAGUGGUAUAUCAUGUUGAAAGUACAACUGGCAGAAUAAUGGCUCAGUCUGCGGUGUUCAAGAACCCUCUCUGUGUAGCUGUCAAUAGCAAAGAUGUAGUGAUAGUAUCAGAUAACAGUUCACACAGUGUGGUGGGGAUAACCAGAGAUGGCACUGAACUGUUCAUGUAUUGGACUCAUGGUAAUGGACAGAAUCAACUAAAGUGGCCUAAUGGUCUUUGCACAGAUACAGCAGACAAUAUCAUAGUGGCUGACUGUAGCAACCACAGGGUACACUUGUUAGGACCGGAUGGCAAGUUUAUCAAAUAUCUACUUACAGAAUCAGAUGGACUACUGAACCCUGGUGCUGUAGCAGUGGACAAUGAAGGACAACUUUUAGUAGGAGAUCAUUGUGGCAAUAUCUGGGUUGUGAAAUACACAGAGUAAA